AUGAAAUCCAUCACAAAUCAAAACUUUGCGGGACUCUUUCCCGAGUUCGUGCGUGACCUCUGCGAAGCGAGCUAUAUCGCUAUUGAUCUCGAAUUCAGUGGCAUUGAUCAUGCAUCCCAGGUUGACUUCCUGCGUUCACCUGAAAAGGCAUUCGAGGAGAAGAUGGCUGCAGCACGCCUGUUCUGUCCAAUGCAGAUCGGGUUUAGCAUCUUCAGCGGAGAUGGAAAUGUGGGGGACGACACAAGAACGCUUGCGACUGAGCACGGCAAAGCAUCACCGUCCUACCGUACCAUCAUGGCCCAAGAGGCAAGAGCUUUUCGUGCGUCCGAGGCCGCAGCACAGCCCCUGAAGUCCCUGCUGGAGUCCCUGGCGGCCAAGGGUGCUGUGGAGCCUGAGGAUCUCGCCAGGAUGACAGCAGUGCGACAGGAAGUAGAGAGCGCAUGUGUGAGGGGCGGCGAGAUGUUGAUUUACGAUCAACUGCGGGCGUACCACGCAUUGGAUGAGGUUGACGCCGCGAUAGCUAUUGCGAAGCGAUGGAGCACGGACAUUAAGUCGUGCAAGCGGCACCUUUUCGUGCGCGGCUAUUCCUGCUACCUGUUCCCCGCCUCGGGCGAAGACGGGGAGGACCGCACGGUGACGCUGUCGGCGGAGACGAUUAUGUUCCUGCAGAAGAAUAAUAUGGACUUCAGUCGGUGGGUGGCGGAGGGCCUCCACUUCGAGCCGUUCGAAAACUACGCCAAGGCGCGGCGCGAGGCGGCGCGGGCCGAAGGGAAUGUGUUACCGUCACCGUCGGAGGACCUUGGCGCGGGGCUGAACGCCCUUAAGAAGUGGGUCGAUGCACUCACCGUGCCGGAGUUAAAGUUGCACCUUAUAAGCGCCUACGACCGCAUUGCGCGUUUCGCGCAGUUUGCGGAGGUGGGGGACUCGAUCGAAUCAAGACUCCCAUUUAUAGUGCAGCCCCACCACGCCGAGUUGGCAAAUCUGCUGCAGGGCAUUGGGGUACGCCACGCGCGAAGGAUGCUAACAAAGGUGCCGCUGACAGUCUCCCUGGAGAGCCUGAACUUUAACAGCAAUCCGCGAUACUUCGGCACUCGUGUUUUAGAGGCUUUGGUGACAGCAACACGACACGAGAAAAAGCCGCUAGUGAUACAUAAUGGGCUUUCAGAUCUGGCAUUUCUCUGUUGCGCCAUGCACUGUGACCCGCCAAAGACGCUUAAGACAUUCAAGCGGCUUAUUAGGGAAAUUUUCCCCGUGUUUUACGACACACGAACCUUAACUUGCGCCCAGUCGCUGCAACACAUACCAAACAUGAAAGGCCCACUAAAGAAAACCUACAUCCUACUUCAGCGGCAAAAUAAUGCCGUGAAUAUACACUGCGGUAAGGAGUAUGAAGUCUCGGAGGUUGCUGGUAGGGAACAUGAUGCCGCAUACGAUGCGUUUAUGACCGGGGCCCUCUUUGCUUAUGUGCAGAGCGAACUUGCACAGGUGGGCGCGGACUAUCGUCGGCUGCGCGGCAUCACUCCCCUAUACGGCUGCGUGUUCAGUAUACAAUUCGAGAAUGAUGAAGCGGACUGUCUUGUGCAGCCCCCGCAGCCACUUAUCUAUUUGGUGCAUCGCCCGCCCCACGCCGCGGUGUCCACCGACCUGCUCCGUGAUAGGAUUAUCCAUUUAGUGAAGCAUGUAGCGUUUCUGUACAAUGGUGACAGUAUCCUCAUCACCAUCGGCAGAGAUGCUAUCUGCCCCACUGUGAAAAGGGAGAUUGAGGUUGUGCUCCGGCAGUGGUGCGAUGGAUUCAGCUUGACGUUAACUGCUCUGGAUGUAGAGCCUCGCAUGAAGGAGUACGGAAUUGUUUACGUCAGCGAAACAGAACGGUAG